GAUGAUCAGCGCGCCAGUUUGCCGGCCUUUCCGGGUCUCCGCGCCGGGCCUGGUCUUCAAUUGCUUGAGAGUAGUUCGUUGAGCAACAUCCAUGGUGUCAUGUUCACCUCCACUGGAAGCGGGGCCAGUGAUGGUCUACCCGAACCUCAAAGCCGCCCGUUCUCUGUCACUCGGUUUCAAAGAGCCACUUCAUCAGCUGCAGCGGCAAGUGGCACUCCACUUGAACCGGAUGCUGAGUUUUUGGACAUGAUUCUUCGUCUACAGGUUAG